UUGGAGCUGACCUCAUGGAGUUCUCCUCUGAGGACACAUACAGGACCAGGUAUAUUCCCAAGUUCCGCAUUCUUUUCCCUAUAACUUUGCGGAAGAUGGAAGUGCACGCUGAGACUGGAGCUUGGAAACUGGCAUCAUACAUCCGUGAAGGCAGCCAUUCUGGUGAAAUCUGCGAGCACAUUUCUGCACUCAGGCUAACAAAGGGAAGGAAAGCUAUCAUCAUUGUUGGAGCCACUCAUAGGAUUGAAGGAGCUUUUCCAGAAAACAUCAUCAUCAAAAAUGAAGCUACAGUUGAAAUUGGCAGAUCAUCAUACAAAGCAAUCUAUGAUGUAAUCUACCAGGCUGAAAAGGUAGGGGCUUCCAUGGAAGUCGUUCGCACAGGAGACAACGAGAAAGUUGCUAAACUGGACGCAAUCUAUCAACAUUCAGGAGCAGAACACAGCACUAACUUCUUGCUGAAGGUUCCCAAGUACAUGAAACCACUCAAGAUUCAGGCCAAGAUUGGAGAAGAAACAGAGGGUCACUACAUGCUGGAAGCAGCCAUCAAAUAUGGUCAGCAUAUGAUACUUGAAGCUAAUGGACCAAUCAUGGCACGUCUUGCCUCCAAGAUUGCUAAGCUGCAAGCUAACAUCAAGCUCAGUGCAUUGGCUAGUGAACCCUACAUCAUUGGUGCCAAUGUUGUGCUUGGCAACAAGAAACAGGUGAUAGCCUUGGAAAUCAAAGAGCGAGAAGAGCCACUCUUUGGUCUAGAAUGGAAGAUGGUCCAAGAAAGUUCUGAGAAGACCACUGUUGGCAUAGCAUUUGUUCUCCCUGCCCUUAUUGAGAACGAGAUGGAUGUUAUCAUUACUGGGGAAUUUGUCCAUGUUAAUUUCAACAAUGUGGUUCUGCCCAAGACCUCAUCCCGCCGUCGGGUCAAGGGAUUCGCCGACGUCAACAUUGCAGAGAAAAGAGCAAAUGUGGAACUUUCUUGGGAUGCUGAUAAUGCUCCUGAAAAGAAGUUGGCAUUGGAUGCAAGUCUGAUCAGCAGUCCUGUCAACCCUGGACAGGCUGAGAUCCACGGGAACAUUGUCAUUGCUGGAGAGCCUUACCACGCCAAACUGGUUCUGACUGCCGCAAAUCUGGUAGAGCAUAUGGAAGGGGAAAAUGGAUUCAAGUUGAUCCUGACAACUCCUGCCCAGAAGACGAUUGUCUUGGGAGCCUCCUGUGAUGUCCAGCUGGCAGGAGCCACGACUAAAGUCAUUUCCACUGUCGAAUACAAGAACAUGAAGGAUAAGAAAUACAAAUAUGCAAGUGUGAUUGCCUUGGAGAAGCUUGGUGGCCCACAUAAUUAUGCAGUAGAAGCCAAGGUAACUUACAAACAACCUGGAACAGCAGAAAUAAAGCUAGAAACAGCAGCAAAACAUCACUGGACACCAGAAGAACAUGUUGUGGCAUUCAGGGUAGAGGCUGAUGCUCCAGUACUGAAGACACCUGCCACGAUUGCAUUCUCCAUUCACAAUGCACCAAAUGCAUUUGUUGGAUUCUGCAAGAUCGAAAGAAAUGCUCCUUCCACUGUGUUUGAAUGGAAUGUGCAGAUUACUCCUGAAGGAGGAAUUGAAGCUGUUGAAGCUGGUUUGGACAUGAAAGCCAUCAUUGAAGUUCUGAAGAUUGUUCAUGCCAUUGCUACUCUCAAGGAAGAAAGUUAUGCAACUUAUGGUCCACAGACAUCCCAAUACCAGUACCGUUUCACAAGGCCAUCACCCACCACGUACACCAUGCAGAUGAGGACUCCAACCCGCACCAUGGAAGGAAGAGCUAAACUAUCACCAAGGGAAUCUGGAAUCAAGUUCUACCCCAAUAAGGGCAAAACUGAAUCCAAAUACGAAAUUGGAUACAAGGCCAACCACGAGGGAAGGUGGGGACGACAUGCGUCCAAGUUGGAAGUCAGAAUGAACCAUCCAGUGCUUCCUAAGCCCAUCAUGGCCGCUGUUCAGUACACAGUAGCCGAAGAAACAACGAAGGGAACAAUUGAAUUGGAUAUUUUCCCAGAAGAAGCGGAUAAAAUUACUGGUACAUUGGAAACUCAUAGAAUUUCAGAAAAUGCUAUCAGAGCAGAAGCCUUCUUGACUGGAAGGAUGUUGAAAGUGAACCCUAAGGCAAUCAUCACUGUUGCUUAUGCACCAGAGACAGUUGCUUUGGAUGUAGUGUUCCACAAGUCUCCAUCUGCAGCACCAAUCUUCGCAAUUGCUGCCAAGUAUGACAAGACUGCAGCUCACAAUGCAGCUGCCACAAUCACAGUAAAGAUGGAAGAGCGACCUGUCUUUGAAAUCACUGCAGUGACAGAACCUGAGGAAGCAGCCACCUGCAAUGGCAUCAGAAUGAAGGCUGUUGCAUAUGCAGCAACUUUUGGAAAGUACAACAUUUUCUCCAAGAUGUGCAGACCUGCCUUCAUUGAGGUGACCGCAAUGCGACCUGGUGCAGCAAAGGAAUACAUUGCCAAGCUUGGCCUCCGAUAUCCUGACACUGCUGAAGCAGGUGUAUAUGUGGCGAGUGGCAGAGCUGGAGAGACUCGCGGUGUUGCUGUUGCUGCUGUGAAGUUGGCUUCACCCACAAUGCUUAAGGUCGAGAUGACUCAUGAGCCAGAAGAAGCACAAAUUGUAAUGAGUGAAGUGAGUGGAAACCUUGGACAAGUCGCCAUGUCUCUCAAAGCAGUUGUAAUGGAGGUCGUCCAGUUCCUCAAAGAAGAAGCUACUGCAAAGGGUGUUGAGUUCCCAUCAUCUCAGUUAGUCAGUCUAGUGGAUGAGGCAAAGGAGGAAAUCAAGGCCAUUUACCGAGAUAUCGGUAGAGAGAUGAGAAUCCUUGACACGGAGUUGAUUGCUGACAUCCUCGACAGCCCUGCAGUGUCCUUCAUGUCGCGGGUCUACCUUGGAGUAUGGUCACAUAUGACUCACCUUCAACAUCACUUUUCAACCAGUCUGGUUGAAGUGAUCCAGAAAUGGCAGGAACAACUAAGGGACGUUUCUGAAGUCCUUAUGGAAUAUGUAAUGGAGGUAGUGCAGCUCUUGGAAGCUGGAGAGGUACCUGAAACAAUUCGUGUCCUUGUGGAAAAAAUUGAGAACACUGAGGUGUUCAGGAUUGUAAAGAGGGAAGUGGAUGCAGUGCUGGCAGAGUAUCCUGAGGAGUAUGAAGGCAUCAAGCACGUCAUCACCAGGGUGGUAGCUACUCUCAAGCACGAUAUGAACAUUGUGUACAAGAAAAUCAUGGAGACACCAGCUGUUCAAAGGAUCUUUACCCAUGUUAUGGAACAUCUCCACUCGGAGCGUGUGUUUGCUGAGGAAGCAGGAAGAAUUGCCAGCCACAUGCUCAAUGAAGUUCUUUUGGUUUCAAUGGAAAGAGAAGGCAACGGUAUUGCAGUCCAAAUUCCCCUCCACCGACCCUUGUAUUCUCUGACGCAAGUGGCCCAAGAAGCAGUGCCUAACCCUGUCACAGUGCUUGAGAACCUGAUAUCUGCAUACGUUGAAUACAUCCCCAUCCCUGUCAGCGACGCAAUCUGGGCCUACUACAACUUCGUACCACGCUACAUAACGGACGUGCUGCCACCCUAUCCACGAACAGCCACGGUGGUUGGCGGCACCGAGAUCCUGACCUUCAGCGGCCAUGUGGUGCGAGCACCUCGCUCGCCGUGCAAGGUUGUUCUGGCUGCUCACGGCUCCCACCGCCUCAUGAUGUCCCAUCCACAAGCCUCAGCCCCGGCACAGCUUGAACUGAAGACACCAGCAGCCAGCGUCAUGAUCAAGCCUGACUUUGAAGUCGUGGUUAAUGGCCAACCCCUCGCGGGAUCCCAGCAAACUAUCGGAAACGUCAGGAUUGUGAACACAGCCAAGCACAUUGAGGUGGGGUGUCCCCUAAUGAAGGUCGUCGUUUCCAAGGCAGGCGAGGCCAUAGCUGUUGAGGCUUCAGGUUGGGUGUUUGGACGUGUAGCAGGGCUACUGGGUCCCAACAAUGGAGAAAUCGCCGAUGACCUUCUCAUGCCCAGCGGUGCAGCAGCCUCCAACCCCCGCGAUUUGAUAGCUGCUUGGCAGGAGGACCAACAGUGCUCCAUCCCUGAGGUUCCUCGUGCAGAGACCUCAGUAGCUCGCCUGAUUCAGUGUGAAGCAUUGCUGGGGAUUCGCUCCAGGUGUAACCCAGUGGUUCACCCACAACCAUUCAUUAAGAUGUGUCACGCUGCUCACAAGCCUUGCGAUGCCGCCCAAGCUUACAGAACCAUUUGUUCUCUGAGAGGAGUUGAAGAAGUUUUGUCUUUGGCAUGUUAAUAGUACUAAUGUACAUAAUGUACAUAAAGGUAAAAUGUCGAAAACUCAUACAGGUUUUGGAUAUGGCUAUAAAUAUUACUGUAUUUUUGUUACGUGAAAGCAUCAUAAAAUGUAAAAAAAAAAAA